AUGAACCGUAUAUCUCUACUUCUCCUGCUUCUUUGCGGGCUCAUAGCGCUUGUCGGCGCAGAUUCAGCGCCGACAUUCUGCAGAUGUACUUGCUUCAAGAACAGCACCAUCGUAGCCCUCGGGCCCCAACACCGGGACAAUCAAUCUGGCGGCGCCCCUUCCCGCCGCGCCGCGUCCACGUCCUGCUCCCAGUGCACCAAAGCGUUCUGCCUCACCAGCGGCAUCAGCUUCUGCCGCGACGCCAUCGAGGAGAACGUCCAGACCAUGUGCUUCCAGCGAGACAGCAACAAGGACCGCGUCAUCGUCUGGGGCUUCAUCCUGGGCACCGCGGGCUUGCUGGGCUGGGCCGCUCUCAAGAGGGUCAACGAGCUGCGCGAGGGGAAGCGCGCGGCCGACGCUGCUAGGGCGGGAGCGGGGAGAGGGAAUUACUAUCCGAUGGCGACGCCGAAUUGA